CUUCUACCACACUAUUCGUAACUACUAUCUAUCAUGAGCGAGUCUCCUGUGAAAUUAAGUGAUGGCGUUGUGCCCACAAAAGACACCAAGAUCGUACUUGCUGGAGCUGUCAAAGUACCUCCUAUAGCCAUCGGUUGUUGGCAAUGGGGCGAUACUACCACUUGGAGCUGGACACCCGAAGCUGAAAAGGAUGCCAAAGAAGCCUUCGAUACUGCGGUUGAACUUGGUAUCCCAUUCUAUGACACAGCUGAGGUGUACGGAUUGGGUGAAUCCGAGAAGGAAAUUAGUCGAUUUCGUGAAAAAUAUAGCUCAGGAGAAAGAAAUAAGCAAAUCCUUGCGACGAAAUACUUCCCUUAUCCCGAGCGAACCCAAUUUCCGGAUGUUCUGCUGUCUGCUUUGCGCGACUCACUAGCUCGCUUGGGUGUCCGGAAAGUGGAUCUCUAUCAGGUAAUCCUCGCUAUGUCUGGGUGACACUUGGCUACUCUUGUCUUUGGUUAUUCUCAAACAUUUUUCUCUUGUCUGCAUCAUGCUUAUUACAGAUCCACGCCCCAAUCCAUCCUGUAGCUAUUCCAGUUGUUGGUAUGGUUGUACAUUAUAUAAUAUCGACCUUUUUACUGUAUCGUCUUUUUCUCCCUUUAGCUCGAAAUACCCAGUGCCAAUAACUCGUUACUUUAUCUUUCCACUACAG